AUUAGCUGUAGCAGUUUACGACGCAUUGUUAUGUAGACCGGACAGAGAAGCGGAUGUCUCGUCACUGAAGGGCAGUUAUACUUAACACACAUCACAUUACGAAAGACGAGUCGAAAAUGAACUCCUGUGUUUUCACCAAUGGGACGGAUAUUUCUCAAGAAGAAGAUCAACUUGAUGGUCAAGCUGGAAUGCUUUAUGGUGAAUAUCUGCAAUUGGAUAAGAUACUGAACGCACAGCGCAUGCUCAGUGCGAGGACAAACCAUCCUGUUCACGAUGAACAUCUAUUCAUUAUAACGCACCAAGCCUAUGAACUGUGGUUCAAGCAAAUAUUAUUUGAACUGGAUUCUGUUCGAGCGAAGUUUAAUACCGAGGACCUCGUUCUAGACGAAUCACAAUCCCAGGAAAUUUUAAAACGCAUGAAUCGUAUCGUCUUGAUUUUGAAGUUGCUGGUAGACCAAGUAAUGAUCCUAGAAACAAUGACUCCCUUGGACUUCAUGGACUUUCGGAAUUACUUAUCUCCAGCAUCUGGCUUCCAGAGCCUCCAGUUUCGAUUGUUAGAGAAUAAAUUAGGUGUUAAACAGGAGCAUCGAGUAAAAUACAAUCAGAAGUAUUCAUGUGUCUUUGGAAAUGACCCAGAAGCAAUAAAAGCUAUCGAGAAGUCUGAAAAUGAACCUCCACUAGCACAUUUAGUACAGCGAUGGCUGGAGCGUACUCCAGGACUUGAAGCAGAUGGUUUCAACUUUUGGGGGAAGUACAAGCAGGCUGUUGAAACACUAUUGGCCAAGCAGCGCAAAACUGCAGAGGCAGAAGUAAAUGAAACUCUUCGCCAACAUCGAUUCAUGGAUUAUGAGAAACGCAAAGAAAUAUUUAACUCUAUCUUUGAUCCAACAAUUCAUGCAGCCCUUGUAUCACGAGGAGAGAGACGAUUCUCUCAUAGGGCUAUGCAAGGAGCUAUAAUGAUCACAUUUUAUAGAGAUGAACCCCGAUUUAACCAACCUCACCAGUUACUCACGCUACUUAUGGACAUUGAUUCUCUAAUAACAAAAUGGAGAUACAAUCAUGUGAUUAUGGUACAGCGUAUGAUUGGUUCAGCACAACUGGGGACAGGCGGUUCUUCAGGUUACCAGUAUCUCCGUUCCACACUCAGCGACCGAUACAAAGUGUUUUUGGAUUUAUUCAAUCUAUCAACAUUUCUGAUUCCACGGGGGUAUAUACCACCAUUAACACGACAUAUGAAGAGCAAGCUGUCCAUUUCAAGAGAUCUAAUACGAAACUGGAAUGACGCAACAGACAGUGAUGAAGUUGAUAAGCCUCUUGAAAGAUCUGUAGAGGCAUCUAUUUGACAAUUUUAAUGUAGUUUUUCAGAAUUGGAUUCAACACACACUUUUAAUUUAUAUAUGAAUCAUUUUUAGAAAAUGUGUUCAAGGGGAGUUUAGAGACUAAGGUAAAAUAUUGUAUUCUUCCUCUGAUUCUACAUCUGAACAGCGGUUCUUAGUUAAUAAUAUUAUGACCUCUGUUGGAUAAAUGCAAGGAGUAUUUUCACUCCCCAUAAACAGUGAGGUUAGUAAUUAAGAACAAAUACAAACUGUUGUUUGUUGUGAGCAGAUACUGGCAGCUUUUGUAGGAAAACAUACAGCAUGCAGCAAUUUGUUAAUUUUCAAAAUAUUGCUCUACCAAAUCUAUAUGUAAACUCGAUGUUAAAAAAAACAAAAUUAAUUAAAACUACCAAAUUAAAGAUGCUCUGAUGGCAAAGUGUAGUGCCAAACAAGUUGCAGAUCCUCAACUUUGAUUUGCAUAGACAUCAUUAUUGACAGUUCAGAAAUCAUUCAACAGAUUUCUACAGACGCUGCGAUCACAAUAAAUCAUUUCCCGUACAUUGUCAAGUAUUGCUUAUUCAAAUGUUUUGGAGUCUUCAUAUAUGCACUGUAUAAUUUAAAUACAAUUUAAGAUUAUAAUUUAUUUUUGCAGGCACAGUUUUGUCCAUUAAGACACCAUUUUGAUAAUGUAAAAGAAGAAAGGUCUCUCCAGUAACAAACACUUUAAUGAACUAUGUUUGUGAAUUGACUCAAAAGUUAACAUCAACAUUAUAAGACAGUAAUUAAUUUUUGUAAAACUCACUAUAGACAUCACGGUCUAGAAAAGCAAAUUUUGGAACUUUUUAACUACCUCUCUUUGAUAGGGCUUACAUUAAGCAGUCACACUAGAAUUCAUUCAAUGCAGUGCCUUUAAGCUUUGUAUGAUGGAAAACCUUGUAAAGUAUGAAAAAGUUAAAAUAUUACUUUUAUUAAAAUUACAUCACAGGAAAUAUAUUCAUUUGACUAAAAAACUCAGGAAUCAUUAUAAUUUGAUAUCUGAAAUUAAUACAGUGACAUGUUAUAAACGCAACUGCUAGUAGUACCAGUGGUAUUAAAAUGUACAGUCUAAUCCUUCACAAAUCUAAUAUAUACCAUAUGCAAAAAAGUGCUUUAGAAAGAGAUUGCAUUGCAAAAUGCAGAGUUUGGAUUACACUUUACUGGCAAAACUGUAAUAACAAAGACAAAAGUUGAAAGACAAAAUAUCUUUAAGGCCACAGCAAUGCAGCAGAACAUGACAUUCAAUAGCCACAAAGUGUGAUGUACAAAGAUAGAAAUGGGAUUAAAACAAUGGUCACUUGAAAUAAAACAGUAAUAUUUUUAUAUAAUCAGAAACAUUCUUUUCAUUGAAAAUGGACAUUUUUCUUAAAAUGGAUCAAUGUGCAAUGAAAGAUCCCACCAAAAUCCACUCUGAAAUUGUCAAGGCAUACAAGCCUUUGGCUCCUCCUUCCAUACCCAUUAACAAAUAUUCCUCAUAUAUUCUUACCCCAACCACACUGCAUCUGUAUCUUCCAUACACCAUUAUUAUUUAAACAUUUACUGCUUGUUUCUUACCCUAAUUUUUCUUACAACUAUACAGAAAUAAAUUUGUUUAUUUGCUAUGCCGAUGUUUAUACUCCCAGUGACCAAUGAAAAUAAAGUUACUGGAAGUACCUAUAAACUGUGCUGAAAUAAUAAAAUUGCUUAUUCGUUUUAUGUUACAUUA